AUGCUCCUGCGACGAGAUCCGCAACGCCGGCUCGGUUGUGCCGGUGCCAUCGCAGCCACCACGAUUGGUGAUCGGGGUAGUUGUGGCGGUGGUAAUAGCGGCGCCGACGAGAUUGGCGGUCACGCGUUACCACCAAACGCCGGUCGUCGCAUCUGCAACGGCCGCGGCAAUCGGCUUGCCUUCUUGAGCUUUGCGGUGCUCGUCCUUGUUGCUACGCUCGCCGCCAGCCCCGCCGACGCUGCUUACCGAGGCGCGUACUGGAUGCCUUCAUCGAACGCUGAGAUUGUGUAUGCCAAAGCCACCAGCGGAGCAGGAGGAAGCGCGACCUGCCCCGAGGGCAAAAUUGUCGCGUGGGGAUUCCGUUACAUGUGGUCGCGUAAUUUUGCCGCUGAUCGUCCUCUUCCAUCGUGUUUCACGACGAACAACAACGCGAUUUGUCCAAGCAUUACGGCGCCCCGUCAGUUUGUAGUUAUUGUUUGCAAGAGCAGCGUCCCUGACGGUCUCGACACAGGCCAAGUCUCUGCUGCAGGUGAUCCAUACGUCGCUACUGUCACAGCAACGUGUCCCGGCUCGACCAAGGUUGCCUACGGCUUUUCGUUGUUCUUCUCGGAUGGCGUCUCUUCGUCGCAAACCUGCAUUGCACCCAGAAGCAAAAUGUGUACCAUUGGAGGCAGCUCUUGCUCGGUUACAGACUGCUUUGCGUAUUCCUCAUAUUGCACUGGCAAUGGCGCCCGCCAGUACGCGUUCAUCUACCUCAUUUGCCUGCCAGCUGCAAGCAUCUCGCUUGAUUCUGCGGAUACACCAUUACCCGUCUCGACAUUGUACAACGGGGGUACCGUGACAUGUCCAGCUCAAACGGCCAUCGUUUUUGGCUAUUCCUCGCAACAAACAGGCACUUACUCCAAUGGCGGCGCAUUACCCUCCUGUGCUGUCACAAACAACUUUGUUGCUUCCUUCGGCACCACUUCCGCUUCAAGGGAGGCGUGCGAUAGUUACUCUAACUCUAACUAUUGCGCCACCGACAUAUCCUUCUUGUUUGCUACCUGCGUCGACAUUACUCCGCCUAGCAAGCCCACCAUUACCAGCAGUCCAGCCGGAACCAUCACCGUGACAACAGCUGCCUUCCAGUUCUCUGGCUCCACCGAUGGACAAUCGACCGUGUUUGGUUACCAAUGUCAGCUUGCUCCGCUUGAGGCCAGCUUUUUCACCUGCAGCGGGAGCUCUACCACUUACUCUGGUCUGACGUACGGCACGACGUAUACCUUUUCUGUCCGCGCGGUAAACGGAGCAGGCCUGACGAGCGAGCAAGCGACUGCUAGCUUUACGGUUGGUUGCGACCCAACCUGUGCGACGUGUAAUUCUGCAGGCUGCACGUCCUGUUCGUCAACCAGGUUCCUUUCGGGAACAACCUGCGUGACGACGUGCCCCGCGGCCACUUUUGGCCAAGCAAGCCCGAGCAGGACUUGCGUGGCCAGUUGUGCUGCACCCAACUGGGGUGACGCGACAUCCUCGCUUUGCACUGCCAACUGCCCGGCGUCCCCCAGCGUCACUUACGGCGAUCCAAACCAGUCUCGCAGAUGCGUGUCGACCUGUUCUAGCUCACCGGCAACCUUUGGCGACUCCAGCUCUGGAUUUGGCAUCUGCGUUGCCACCUGCCCUUCCCCCACUUUCGGUUUGACGACUGGUUCGCGAGCGUGUGUCGCCUCGUGCCCGGGUGGCACGUUCGGCGUUGUCAGCUCGCGCCAGUGCGUCAGCACCUGUCCCGAUGGGUCGUUUGCUGACAGCAGCACUGGUAAUUGCGAGGCGACCUGCACGGGUGCGCAGUUUGGCUACUUGCCGACCAAAGUCUGUGUCGCCACUUGCUCGAGCAGUGCUUUUGGUGACCCCACCACCAAGACGUGCGUGGCCACCUGCCCAUCGACGUACUUUGGCAACUCGGCCAACAAGUUGUGCGUGCAAAACUGCCCCACCACACCCAGUAUCACCUUUGCCGAUUCGUUGUCCCACUUGUGUUCGUCUCAGUGCUCGAGCAACCAGUUCGGUGAGACGACCACUUUUACUUGCGUCGCUACCUGUGCGACUGGCUUUUUCGCCGAUUCUUCGACCAAGCAAUGCACCACCACGUGUUCGUCGCCCAACUAUGGUGAUGCGACCACCAACACUUGUGUCGCCGGCUGUCCCUCCGGCUCGUAUGGUGACCCUCUUGUCAACCCUCGCGUUUGCGGUCCGUCGUGCUCGAACGGUACCUUUGGCAGUCCGGCCAGCGGCCUUUGCGUCACCACUUGUCCAGCAGCCUCCUGGGGACAAUCGGGCUUUUGUGUCACGUCUUGCGCAAGCGGUUAUGCUCAAAACUCGACGUGGACCUGUGUGCCGACAUGCUCGAACGGAUUGUACGGCGCGGACUCGAGCAAACGCUGUGUGGUGACUUGCCCGGCACCGACAUACGGUCGCAACGACACGAGUCUGUGUGUUUCAACGUGCCCUACCACAACCUUUGGCCUCAACUCGACUCGUGUCUGCGUCAGCAGCUGUCCUGCCAAUUCUUACGCGGACUCGAGCAGCAACAUUUGCGUUUCGAAAUGCCCCUCCGGUACCUACCAGGACGCUUUGCUUCGUGUUUGCAGCAGCUCGUGCUCUGGCGGUCGUUAUGCCGAUUCCUCCACCGGUAUCUGCGUUGUGACUUGCCCGUCCAGUCCUCCACUCUACGGCUCCAACACGACAUAUUCGUGUGUCAGUGUCUGCGACAGUGGGUAUGCCUCGGACGCGACGCGCGUGUGUGUCGCCGACUGCCCCGCGCCCUUGCUGGCUGACUCGACAACUUCACGAUGUGUCGUUUCCUGCCCGGCUCCUUACAAUGCGGACACUGCCAGCGGUCGGUGCAUUGCCAACUGUGAGGACCCUGGACUUCCGUUCUACAGUUCCUCCGCGUCGAGCUGUGUUGCUGUUUGCCCCACUGGAUAUGCAGACAUCUCGACCAAGCGUUGCGUGACGCAGUGCCCCUCUCCAACUUGGGGAGACUCGGUGUCGCACACAUGCGGAGCAACGUGCCCGGGCACCUUUACCGACCCUCCGACCCGCACCUGUACGACAACCUGCUCGAGUGGAUAUUAUGGUGACUCUGCAGUGGGCGCCUGCGUGUCGAUGUGCAGCCCAAACACCUGGGGCGACCCAGCAACCCAGCUGUGCGGUACCACCUGCCAAUCGCCGCGGUUUGCUCUCAACAGUACCUGGUCUUGCGCAACUUCUUGCGCCUCAGCUGGCUUGUACGGCAACUCUGCCACCAACCGCUGCGUUUCAAGCUGCCCCAGCGGCGUGUAUGCGGAUUCGGACACGUCGCUCUGCGCAACUCGGUGCUCGAACGGGUUUUACGGUCGUAACGAUACCAGGACGUGCGUUCUCACCUGCCCCUCGAAUAGCUAUGCUGACGACAAUUCUGCCAUUUGCUUGGCCUCCUGCACUGGUGGCUUGUCGGCCGAUCCCACUUUGCUCCGAUGCGUCUCGCUCUGCUCGAAUGGCUACUUUUCGACUCCCUCCUUUGUGUGCUCGACGAGCUGCCCGACUUUCACAUUUGCCGACCAAUCCACCAGCCGCUGCGAGUCCGUGUGCACUGGCGUCCGCUUUGCAGACAAUUCGACAAACCGCUGUGUGUCAAACUGCCCCGACGGCUCCUUUGCAGACACGCACACAAAGCUGUGCGCUUCUGGAUGCUUUUAUGAGGGCUGGUUUGCCGACUCGUCGACUGCUUCUUGUGUGGCGCAGUGUCCGAAUGGAUACUUUGGCAGCUCGACGACUGCGAGCUGCGUACGAACUUGCCCACCAGGCACGUUUGCUGAUUCACUGACUCGGCUCUGCUCGUCCGUUUGCUCAGCUUCGACCUAUGGUGUGCAAUCUGCUACCCCGGCCACAGCCGGAGGCACGUGCGAAACCGGCUGCCCGCCCUUCUCGUGGGGCGAUCCCUCGUUGCAUCUGUGUGCGUCAUCAUGCUCCAACGGCCGUGUUGCGCACAAUGCGACUUGGAUGUGCUUGGAUGACUGCCCCCCACCGAACUUUUACGCAGAGAAUGGCCAGUGUGUCACUUUCUGCUCGUCUGGCAAGUUUGGGCUGGUCGCGGCCAAGCGAACUUGCGCAACGUCGUGUGCGGGCUAUAAUGUGUGGGCCGACAGCGCAACCAGGUUGUGCACUUCUCUGUGCACAGCAGGCACCUUUGCGACGAACUCCACGUGGUCGUGCGAGUCGAGCUGCACCCUUCCACUGGUUGGCGACCAGGACUCGCGUCGUUGCGUCUCGCAGUGUCCUGCUGGCACUUUUGCAAACUCUGUUUCCAAGCUGUGCGUUGCCGCUGCUUCUCAGUGCCCUCCCAACACGUUUGCAGAUACCGCGUCACGUACGUGCACCGCCACCUGCCCCGGAGGCGUGUACGCGGACAGCAACACGCGUACCUGUACCGCGACUUGCUCUUCCGGCUUGUUUGGCGUGGCCUCGACCGGGUUGUGCCAGCCUAAUUGCGACACAUCGCCUGGCGAGUAUGCCGAUGCCACGACCCACAUGUGCAGCGCAACGUGCUCUGCUGGUUCAUUUGCCAACAGCCUCAACCACGUGUGUGUUGGAGUUUGUCCUGCUGGCCGCCUGGCCGACAACACCACAUGGACUUGCGUCACUGUUUGCCCUUCGAACUAUUAUGCGGACUCAGUGUCGCGAACAUGCGGCCUCAGGUGUCCCGCCGGUGUCUACGGUGAUAUCACCACAGGCUCGGGUCUCUGUGUCGCCCGCUGUCCGGCGCCUCUGCUCGGUGACCCUUUGACGACUCUUUGCGGCGGCGCCUGCUCCGGAUCACUCAAACGCUACGAUGCAAAGAGCCUGUGCGUUGCGACUUGUCCGACCCAGAGCGAUGGCGUCUUUUUGGAUUCGUUGACCCAAGCUUGCGUGACUGUGUGCUCUGGAGUUCAGUACCGCAAUUCCGCCACUGGCACGUGUGUUAGCGCAUGCACUGGCGGAUUGUAUGCAGAUCAGACAACCCUGAAUUGCGAGACGUCUUGCGUGGCACCCUGGCGCAUGGAGUCUGAAAAGACAUGUUACAAUGUGUGCCCUUCGCCAUACUUUGGCAACCCCAACACUGGUGCGUGCGCAUCUUCCUGCCCCAGUGAACUGUAUUCCAACGUGGCGAGACGUGAAUGCGAAGCAUUGUGCUCGUACCCGACCUACGGCGACCGUGACGACAUGACGUGCAAGGCCCUGUGCCCUGAGCCCCUUGUCGGAUCAAACACCACCUUCUGCGAGACUGGGUGUCUUACCGACUGGUACGCCGAUUUGUCUCCGACGGUUCGUGCUUGUGUUGCGACAUGCCCGAACGGCACUUAUGGUGUGCAGCCCAAUAACACGUGCUCAACCGUCUGCAAUCCUGGCCAGUUCAAGUCCAACAGCACCAACCUUUGUGUGAGCACUUGUCCGCGUGGAACCUAUGGCGACCCCGCCACAGGCACUUGUCUCAAUGCUAUUGCAUCGAGUGGCAGCUCCUCUUCGAUGCCCAUCAUUAUCGGCGUGAUUGUCGCAGUGCUCCUCGUUCUGAUCCUGCUGGUUGUUCUUGUGCGUCGCCGCCGCCGGCAGCGUCAAGGCUUGGGCAAAACAGCGUCGACUCUGUCUUAUGACAUGCAGCUGAUUGGUGGCGCUACAGGCAUGAUUGAAAAUCCGAUUGUUGACGGCCCCCGUGCGACACGGCAUUCUUCCAACUCUGCCCUCAGCACCGAUCGACCAGGCACCCUCGGAUCGUCCGCAGGCCAGUAUUCCAGCAAAGCCCAAGAGGCGCGCGGUGGUGGCGACCUGCCCACUUACUCGCCCCAGGAUGCGGAUUCGGACGAUCUCUACGAAUCCCUCAAGGUGAAUGUGGAUGGGAAUGACGGGUUCUUUGCCAACCCGUUGGCCGCGGCUGGCGAUGGUGUGUAUGACAACCUGCAACCCGCGAGUGACGGCACAUACCAAAAUGUUGGCAUGUACGCCAAUUUGGGUACAAGCGGUGCCCAGAAUGACGAGGGUGUGUACGAGCAGCUCAAGGCAAGCAACAAUUCGACUGGUGUGUAUGACAAUGUCCGAUCCGCGAACGCGUCGACUGGCGUGUAUGAUAAUCUCGGAGACGGCUCGACCUACGACGACCUUCGUGUCGAUGCUCCUAACAACUCUCCCUACGCCAACAUGUCCGAGAUCACCGCCACCUCCCCACCACGACCGCUGGGCUCGGCUCCUCCCAAGCCCCCUCCGCCUGCAGUUGGCUCUGCUCCCGCCAAACCGCCGCUUCCUCCAAUGAACGCGCCCGCGGCUUCUUCUGCUGAUUCA